AUGCCUCUGUAUCGCCGCAACAGCUACUCCAGCGAUGUCAGCACCAUCGUCGUCCUCGACAAGAAGAAAAAGAAAACGAAAGGCUUUUUCGGCAAGCUGUUCGGAGGCGGCGGCGGCGGCAAAAAGAAGUCGUGGGUAGACCAAGUCGUGUCCAUAAGAGACGUGACCGAACCAGGACGCUUGAUCAUCCGGAAACGACCGUCCAGCUCGUCAAUGCGAACCCGCAUCACCAUCAACAACGACGACAGCGACACCGAGACCUCCUACAACAACCACCUCACCAACCUCCGCUCCAACGCCUACCUCAACAGCACCGAACACGCCUGGCGCGAAGAGCUGACCGACCUGUACGCCGAAACACGCGAGGAGUCAGCGUGGGAGCGCCACAACCGGUUGGAAGUGAUGCCGGACUACGAGAAGACGGAUUUUCGGUAUAAAGAUCCCGAUGAGCGGCGGGAGAGGAUUCGGCAUUUGGAGCAUUUGUUGGAGGAGGUGCGGGUUAGGGGGAUGGAAGGGGAGAGGAGGGGGUGGAGGGGGGAGCAUGGGUUGGUUUGA